GCACAAGACACCAGGACUCCGACAUGACCCAAGAUACUGCCCUAGACAUGAAAGAUGUUGAACUGAAUGAACUGGAACAAGAAAAAGUCCCAAUGGCAGAUGGGGCCGGGGACAGCCCAACCGGAGGGGGAGAGAAGAAUGGAGUUGUUAAGGUGAAGCUUGACGAUGAUGAUGACAUGCCAGCCAAAAGUCAGAAAUUUACAGGGUUGUCUAAAGAAGAAUUACUGCGAGUGGCUGGUACCCCGGCAUGGGUGAGAGUCCGAUGGGCAUUGCUGAUCCUGUUUUGGUUAGGCUGGGCUGGCAUGCUAGCAGGAGCUGUGGUCAUCAUCGUACAAGCACCUCGUUGCCGGCCUUUGCCAGCAAUGGAAUGGUGGAACAAGGGACCCCUCUACCAAGUUGGUGAUCCAGCAACCUUUCAAGAAGAUGGAGCUGGAAAUAUUCAGAGUAUAGAGAAGCGUCUUGAGUCACUUACCAGUCUGAAAGUAAAAGGUUUGAUUAUUGGUCCAAUACAUGUCACGAAGAAAGAUCAGAUUGGUGAAACUGAACUCACUGACAUUGACCCCAAUUAUGGCACAAUGGAGCAAUUCACCAGUUUGCUGGAAGCUGCACGCAAAAAGAGUAUUCAGAUCAUCUUGGACCUUACUCCUAAUUACCGCAGUGAAAACAGCUGGUUUGAAAAGGCUGAAAGGGAAAACAAUAUUUUCUUUGAGAAAGUAAAGGAAGCAGUUAAUGUUUGGCUGGAACAUGGUGUUGGAGGAAUAUACUUUGGAGACAGCGAAAAUUUUCCCAAUGCAAACAGUUUUAUUUAUGAAUGGGGGAACAUGACUGCCAAUUACAGCAAAGAAGGAAAACCAAGAGUCCUGUUGUUAUCCACAAGUAGUGCUCAAAACAACCUUACUGGUGGCUUCAAUGAGACAAUAGAUGGCACGCUCUUCUACCGCUUCCUGGGUGCUGAAAACAAGAAAAGCUUUGGUUCUUUGGGUGAAAGCAUAAAACAAUAUGUGGAAGAGACUGGCAUCCAGGGAAACAGUUGGAUGAUUGGAGCACCACAAAUGCGUCAUAUGGCUUCUUUGGUCAACGAGAAGCUACUUCGUGUGUACCAACUCCUCCUCUUCACACUGCCAGGCACCCCAAUAUCUUUAUAUGGGGAUGAAAUUGGACUUAAAGACCUUCCUGGACAGCCUGCUCAGUCCUCAAGACCUAACAUGCAGUGGGAAGAAGUUUCAGUGUCCAAUAAUUCUCCUCAAAUUGCAUCUGAUGUAAAUGCAAAUAUCACAUUUAAGGCACAGGAUGCUGACAAGGGUUCCUUCCUAAACGUGUACAGGAAGUUGAGUGACUUGAGGGGGAAAGAACGAUCCCUCCUGCAUGGUGAAUUUACACUACUGUAUAACAGUGAAGAGGCCAUAUCUUUCCUAAGAAGCUGGGACCAGAAUGAGCGAUAUGUGACAGCUUUGAACUUUAACUACGAGGGGGAAGUAGAACUCUUCCUGAAAAAAGAUGGAGGAGAAGAGCUGCCAGAGCAGGGCACAGUGGUGUUGAGUUCCAACCCACAACGAAAAGAUGGGGAAACGGUUUCCCUAAAAAGCUUCAAGUUAGGAGCCGGAGAGGCUUUACUCCUUAAAUACCCUUAUAGUGGAUAACCACCUACAUCCCUGUGAGGGACAAACACUUACACAUUCCACUUGCUGACCCUUUCUUUCCAGUGCCAAGACGCACAGGUUGUUAACCUUCCCUUUAAACCUUUUAACAAGUGUCCCUACCCUCUGUGGCAGUGAGAUAUACUGUAACCUGUCAUUUAUAUAUUCCAAGCGGUCAUAUUUUUCAUGUUCAGAGGAUAAAAACUUAAAAAACAGUUCCUGAAACGCGUUAAGAGCAAUAAGUGGAGUGUUGUUUUCUGCUUAGUUUUGUCAUACACGUGCUCUGAUGUGUGUUUUUGUCAAUAUUUUCUGCAAUAAUAUAUCAUGGAGUAUAUCGUCAUUUCAUGUUUUAAAGGCUGUGGCACUUUUAGCCCUCUGAGCAUGGAGAGUUGGGCCGAGCAAUAGGAAUAUGAAUGCCUGUGGAUCUUGUGUAUUUGGGGAGGGAAAGUUUGACUACAGUUUAGCAACAUGGUGCUGGUCAGCAUAAAAUUCCUAUUCAAUAAAGUUAGUGUUUGUGAUCAUAGGUGUCUGUGUGCUGUUAUUGCCUAAAUCAUCCCCAUAACUUUCGGAACCAUUGCUUCUAGAAAACCAGGCUCUUUACUCUUCAGUGAUGAACAAAUUAAUUCUUCAAUGUAUUGGGGCAAAUGCACAUGUAGCUGGCCCUGCUGCCCUGCUGACUUAACAAUUAACUUGAUGGUUGCAGUCGCGGAGGGUCAGUGAGCAGGGUGCUGCGCAGAAAGUGCUGAGAAGGAAGAGGUGUUGUGUAUAUGUGCCUGCCCCUUCCCCUGUGCAUUGCCGACUUCAGUCACCCAGGUUACGACAAAUCUUAGGGGGUUAUCUAUCAAAGUCCGAAUUUAUCUCAAUAUUUUCUGAAAAAAACUCUGACCAAAUCCGCACGGGUUUUUUGGGCUUUUUUAUUAAUACAUUUUCCCGAGAAUUUUGUUGGCGGGAAAAAAAUCCCCAAAAAAUCGUGAAAAAUCAGAUUUUCUCGAUUUUUUUCGGAUUUUUCACCCGAAAACUCCGAAUUUUGUCCGAAAACUCCAAAAACCCAGCUCACAUCUUGGGACUUCUCCUACUAACUUAUAUGCAACCUCGACAGGUCUGAGAUGCCGGAUUUUCAGAAUCUGACUUUUCCAUCCUCGGGGUUUAAUAAAUUCUGAAAAAAUUUAUGACUUUUUUAAAAGUCUGAUUUUAUAAAAAAAAAUCACAAAUUUUUCGUGAUUUUUGCAUUCGGAGUUUAGUAUAUAACUCCCUUAAAGUCAGUGACAAUGCUUGUUGCGUGACUCUUUUCUGGGCCCCCUCUGCUCAUGGGCUGGGUAAUUAAACUCAUAAUUUGCAAACAAAA